ACCAAGCCAUUCAGGGCCAGGCGAGGAUGGCUUUUACAAAAGAGGAGUUUCACAACUUUGGUGCUGUGGACUAUGUCAUCUUUGGUGGGAUGUUGGCCGUUACUGCAGCCACUGGACUCUACCACGCUUUUGCAGGGGGAGGUCAGAGGACAACUGCCAAGUACCUGAUGGCUGACCGCAGCAUGUUCAGUCUACCCGUGGCCAUCUCAGUUCUGGCAUCGUUCCUGUCUGCCGUCACCAUCCUCGGCGUGCCCUCGGAGAUCUUCGUGUACGGUGUUCAGUACUGGAUGGUGAUCUGGUGUUACUUCAUCACCAUCCCUGUCACUGCCAUCUUCUUCAUCCCAGUGUUUCAUGGUCUGGGACUCACAAGUGCUUAUGAGUACCUUGAGCAGAGGUUCUCCAUGUCCCUACGGGUGGUCGCUGCCUGUCUCUUCAUCCUGCAGAACACCUUCUACAUCGCUGUCAUCCUGUACGCACCUGCGCUGGCCUUGGAAACAGUGACCAAGUUUGCUGUGUGGAAAACAGUUCUGAUUGCAGGCAUAGUGUGUACAAUAUACACAUCUUUGGGAGGGAUGAAGGCUGUGAUCUACACUGACGUCUUCAACUUUUGUGUACUGUUUGUUUCCCUGGUAACCAUCGUUGUCAUGGGAACGGUGAGAGCAGGAGGCAUGGGGCGUGUGUGGGAAAUCAAUGCCAAUCACUCCCACCUCAACUUUUUGGAUUUUGAUGGAGAUCCUACCACCCGGCUGUCCUUCUGGUCCCUGGUGAUAGGGGGGGCUUUUACAACAUUGCCGAUGUGGGCUGUAAGUCAGACAUCAGUUCAGCGAUUCCUUACUGCAAAGUCACUCCAGGAAGCAAGGAGGUCAGUUUGGAUCAACCUCCCAGGUAACAUCAUCAUGGUGACACUGGUGGCCUUCUCUGGGAUGGUGCUGUUUGCUUUCUACAAUGCCACUGGUGCCAAGGGACAACAGACUCACCCUACACCUAACUACACAUCACCUGACCAGAUUCUGGUGUACUUUGUGAGUGAGGAGUUCGGCAGUAUCCCUGGUAUCCAGGGUCUGUUUGUUUCCUGUCUGUUCAGUGGGACACUCAGUGUUGCAGCUUCUGGGUUCAAUGCCCUAGCGACCGUGACCCUUGUGGACAUCAUUCGACCAAUCAGGAACCGGAGAAGACUGAUGUCAUCAGCAGGCAGUACUGCAGGACAGGAGGCCAGGGACACCUGGAUAUCCAGGGGACUGUCCCUGUUCUACGGAGGACUGGCCAUAGGACUGGCCUUUGUAGCAUCGCAGAUUGGCUCCCUCAUUAAGGCAACCAACUCCAUAUUUGGUGCCCUGGGUGGACCCAUGCUCGGCAUCUUCACUCUGGGAGUGUUCUUUCCAUCUGCAAACACAGGGGGAGCCCUGACAGGUUUUACAGGGGGGAUGUCUGUUGCCCUGUGGAUGGCCAUUGGAGCCUUCUUCAAUAAAGACGACCAGGGAAACGUCAGCAAAAAUGCCUUCUGGCUCUACAGAAUUUCUUUCAUGCUGUACAGUGUAUUCACCUGGGUGAUCACAGUUCUGAUUGGCUACUUGGCUAGUCAUGUGACCAGAAAAGCCUUGUCCCUGAAGGACGACAUGGUCAACCCCAAACUUAUCACACCCAUUUGCAGGCCCAAACUGAGUCGCAAUAUUCAGAACGACUCACCACUACCACUGCCAGACGAGGACUGUGCGGAAACUAGUGCACUUCUCAAUGUGUCGGAUUGAAGAAGAACGUUUCAUUGUUACAUUCCUGUUAUUGUCUGGCACAAGAAUACAUCUGCCUUCUGGACUUGUAUCCCAAUGUACAGGCACAGGCACUAACUAUAUAGUACAUGGUUCUGUGUAAACGGUAGGUGUCAGACCAUGUAAGUUGGCCAUGUCAGAAUCGAUGUACAGAUUUGCAGCCAAAUUAUUAGUUUGAUAGUACUUUGAUUUCUAUACCAUGCAAUUUGAUUUCUUGUUUCUUGGAUUUUUCCACACAAUUGGGGCAGGUGUGGCGAAAUAAAAAGGAAAAGAGGCAUAUUAUAUUAAACCCCAUAUUUACUUUGCACUGUGCAGGAACUUCAAUACAUUUAUGACCCCAUGGAGCAAAAUGUUAAUAUGACAACUAAAGGUUAAAAACAUGAACAACUAAUGAAGACAAGGUCUUUCUUCAAUUUUUGGCACCAAAAUAUUAGCAUGUGCCCAGAUAGAAUGGUACAUGUGUCCUUUUUUGUAAAAUGUCGAGGACAAUGAAAUAGACAAAUCUGACUAAGAACCAAAAUAAGAUUUUUGUGGCCUCAGCUGUUUCUACAAUAGUGGGAUGUGGCACAAGAGAGGUAGAAAAAUUAUGACAUGUUCCUACAUGCCAAACUGUACACACUCCUGUAUUAUCCUUCAUGUCUCUCUGCUGGUUUGUACAAUACUUCAAAGGUGUAUAUGGAUGUAAUGUAAUGUCCACUGCAGAUAGCUGUAUUACAGUUAUUAUAUUAUAUUGUAUGGGCUGGAACCUCAUAAGUAUAUGUUAUUAUACAGAUCUAGAUUGAAAUUUAAAUUGAGCUGGCAAAUGCACUACAUG